AGACAAUCAAUCAACAUCACAAGCGUAAUGAUAAAAUGGAGUCUCAUUUCUGUGAGCAGUUUGUACACAAAAUCUAAUUAGUUUCUUGUAUAUAAGCAGUAUUAAAUAUAACGAUAAGUAACGCGAAGUCGAAUCAAAUGUAAUUAACGCCAUUAAAUAGUUCGGAAAAGUGUAGAAACAGUGAAAAAAGGUGUAAAUCGAAUAUUGGUAGUUGCAGUAGUGCCUGAACUGAUACACAUAAUCAACGGUGUUCAUGAGAUGCUGUAGUGAGAUGAGCAAUAAAGACGAAGCGAAGAUAUGUGCCGCUUAAAGCGAUGGACUCUUACGACUUGUUCGGGGAAGAUGGUACCGGAAUGUUGGAAGGCCUGCCAGAACUCGGUGGUGGUACUGGGGGAGGAGGUGCUGGGGGUAGUGGUUUUGAUCCGGCGCCGGUGACUGGCGCACCAAGGAAUGCUACCAACCCCUAUCCUACAGCUCAACAGCAACAGCCGAUAUACUCACAAGAGACACCCCUACAGAAAUUGGCGACUUUCGGUGGACCGGAUUUCAAUCAUAUGGAUCCAAACGCCCAGAGCAUGUAUGCUCAAGGAUAUGGUACUGAUAGACCUAUGGGACCGCCUCCGGGAGCGGCAUAUCAACACCAACGUCAAAUGGCAGUAAGGCCGCCUAGUGGAGCAUCAUCUGCUCAGUAUCCCUAUCAGACUGACAAUAUGUACUCUAUGCCAGAUGUGCAGGUAGGCGCUAUGGGUGACACUAGCAAUAUGCAAGCAGCUGCGGCCGCGGGUUGGAGUCAUAACGCAGCAGCGGCCGCUGCUGGUUAUCCAAGCAUGCAUAGGUAUAGUCAGAUGAGUCAGUAUAGGCAGCAGUCAAUGACAGGUUACCCUCACCAACAAGAACCGAAACAGCAAUUUCCUACUGGCGGCCAACAUCCAAUGAUGCAACAACCACAUCAAACCUCGUAUCAAAUGCAACAAAGACACACGCCACAUUAUCCGCAAGCUGCAUCAGGAUAUCCUACAUCAGCAGCAAGUCAAAGCUAUGCCGGAUAUAUGCACCAGCGAUUACCACAUCAUCACCAAUACCCACAACCACACCACCAAAUGGAUAUGACGUCUGUUUCGCAAACUCAGCAAUAUGCUCAGAUGAGUCAUAAUCAAAGUUUGUCGCAUGCAACACCAACUGCGGGCCAUAUGGGACAGACACCUCAUUCAGUAGGUCAUUCACCAGCACAGACUCAUCCUUCACCACAACAAUCACAGCCAUCUAAUCCUAUGGCGCAUCCUCCUAAUAUAGGAUACAAUCAAAGCCACCAAAGUAUGCAAUCCAUGCAGAGAGCAAUGGAAGUACCACCUAGCCAACAACAAUUCCAAUCAAAGCAUUCUGCUGGUCCGAUGGGUAAUGUAAGUCCUCAGUAUCGAGCACCAUUUCCUCAAUUGUCUCCUCAGAUGUCACCUAGGUCACAAAUGUCACCAAGACCUACGCCCACAUCUCAAAUGUCGCCGCGACCAAGUAUGUCUCCGGCGAAACCGAAUAUGUCUCCACAUCCAACUCCAAUGCAACAAACUACUCUGAGUCCUAGGCCUGCAGCUAACAUAGCACCAAAGGUUUCAGCACCAUCUCCUGCGCCAAUACCAGCAUAUUCACAACAAAGUACUCUACAAGCUCUCGAACAGAUGGUCAUGCCACCUUCUAGUACAAAUUCAUCUGAAUAUCCUACUUAUCAAUCGAGAGCUUCGUUAGGACCUCCCCAAAGUUCUCAAAACCCUCUAAGCCCUGCAAUGGGAAUGAGAAAUCCCUUAAGUGAACAGCAGUGGCCUCCAGUACAGUCUCGACAAGUUACACAUUUAUCUAGUUUAAAUGGUUCGUUAAAUAUGAUGGAUCAAAAUCCAGUACCGACCAGCCAAUCAAUUCCUCCUUCUCAGUCUUUACCGCCUUCUAGUUUGCCAAAUACCCAAAUGCCACCAGCACCCAAUAUCAAUGUAAGUUUUGGCAAUGAUGAAAUUAGGAGUGAUAUUAAUAAUAGUAAUAGUACGAAUUUAAUGGAAAUGACAAUUAGAGAAAAGGAAUCAUCAGUAUCACAAAGCAUUCCUGUUAGUAGUCAAAAUGAAUUUACCUCCGUACAAUCACCUACUACAAGUAUACCUGACAAAAUGCCCAGUAGUACGACAAACACUGAAGUUAAUGUACCUACAUCAGUACCUUCUGUUCCGUCUCAUCCGCCAACACCUACUCCUACAUCAACUACAGAUGACAAUAUAACCAACACUCAAGAUACUAGUCUUCCCUCUAAUAGCGAAUCUGUUAAACAAAUUGAUGAAUCGAGUAAUACCAGUUCAACUUCACAGCAACAAACUCCAAGUCAAAGUAGUCAGAAUAAUUUUACAGAUUUUAACUGCGUCUCGAGUAUGACGGGUUAUCCUAGUCAACCUGGUACUCCAAAAAGUAAUAAAAUGGAUGACUUGGUACAAUCGAAUGCAUCUAUAUUUAGUCAAGAUAACUCAGUAUCUCAAGAAUCUUUACCAGAAUCUAAUAAGUCUGAUCAUAGUUCGAUUCAUUCUCCAAGACUGCAAUCGCCUAUCUCAAAUAGUCAGAGUUCAAUGCCUCUGCCAUCUAGUGCCGUAUGUAAUCAAAGAGAUAGUCGGACACCAAUGUAUAGUGUUAAUUAUAAUGUUUCAACCCCUUCGCCAACACAAUCGCAUUCUUCAAUACAGACUACUAACAAAGAAUCAUCCACCACCAUGCCAAGUGUCCAUUCAAAUCAAAUGAUUACUUCGCAGGUACUACCGAAAAUUUCUCAGCAUCUUAGUAGCAUACAAAAUCAGAAUCAACAACAAUCUCCUAGUAACAACACACAGAAUCAAGUGAAUAUAACUGAACAGAGUGUUUCUAGUAACAAUAAUAGUUUAUCUAGUCCACCCCCAGUUAGUGGUUCGAUCCAAAACAAUCAAAAUAACUUACCUAGUAUUUUUACUUCAAAUAGCAUGAUUCGUACAGAUAGUCCUAUUCCAGCACAAAACGGAUCUUUACAAAAUGUCGGACAACAAAUUCCACCUGAAACUGAGAAUAAUAUUGCUGUUAAUACACCUUCAAGUGCACCAAGCCAAAAUCCGUCGAAUACUCCAGUUAUGUUGAGUCAAAGUAUACCUAAUAUAGGAAAUCAACCUAAUAUUCCUAUAUCGAAUCAGAAUCCACCGAUUAGUGUUCAAAGUAACCCCAUAUCAAUUUCAAUACCUGGCAAUUUACCAACAGCACCAGGUCAAAAUACCAUGCAACUACAGAAUAACACAAAUCAAUUAUCGAAUCAAAAUAUGUCUGCACCGACCAGUGUCGCUAAUCAAAAUACUGUUCAAUGUAUCCAGUCUCCUUCGCCAGUGCAGUCGAAUAUGCCUAUGAUGGUAGGUUCACAAAGAAUUCAGACACCGCCGUCUACGCCUAUGUCACAACAUCCUCAGAUACCUCAUCAAAUGGCAAAUGCAAAUAUACCUCAGCAUGCGAAUGUGGCUAAUAUACCAUCAAAUAAUAAACCUGGUAUGUUUGAUCAAACCAAUCAAAUGAUGAAUCCAAAUGGUGUGCCAAUUGGUGCGGCAAACCGAGGUAUACCUCCGAGAAUUACGCCACAUGGUAUGCCAAUGUCUCAUUCCGGAAUGCCUAUGGGAAUGACAGGAAUGAUGAGUAGUAUGGGAGGUAUGAUGCCUGGACAAGACAUUCCCGGUUAUCAAACGCCAAUCAGUCAUCAUCAAGAACGGGCAGCGCUACAACAGCAGUUGCAAGAAAUGUACUGUAUGCCACCUGGACCAGAACAUCAAGAAAAAAUUACUUUUCUUCAAGAGAGAUUGAAUCUUCUUAGUCAACACGAAGCAAGUGAUCAAUGUAAUGGUGGUUCGCAAUGCAUUCUUCAAAGUCCUAUGUUCAAUUCACAAAUGAUAGAUAGCCCUCAGGUAUCGAGUACAACAGGCAGAGGCAGAGGAAAGGGUCCACCAAAACCAAGAAAACCUCGAGUUAAAAAGGGAGAAAAACUUCUUGAACAAAAUCAAGUGGUUGUUCCCCCUGUAAAUACAGUAAUGCCCAUAAUAACACAGUCUCCUCAGCAAUUACCUGUAUCUGAAGACUUUGUCACACCUGGUGCAGGUUUAAGCAUUCCUUCCAACGAAAUGUCUGAAUUUACGGAUUUUGGAACAGAAAUUGAACCCGAAAAGAAAAAAAAAGGGAGAAAACCACGAUCAUCCAAUAAACCGAAAGAUAUGAAAGAUCCCAAGGAACCUAAACCACCGAAAUCUCCAAAGGAACCGAAGAUACCAAAGGAAAGAAAGAAAAGGGAAUCAAAAGAUCCUAAAGAGCCUAGACUAAAACGCAAAUAUGUAAGAAAGAAAAAAACAGGUGAUUCAGAGGAAAGUGCCACUGACGAAUCUUUCAAUAAAUCAUCUGAAAGUAUCGAAGAAAUAUCUCCCUCAAAAACAUCUGAAGCAGAAGCAGAAGCUGCUGUUCCUUUUGAAUCUAAAUCAGACGAUCCAGAUUCCCAAACACUUCCAGAGAGUUCGGUACCUUCAGAUACUACAACUAUUGAAAAACCUGAAGAAAUGCAGGCUGAUUCACAAACACCCGCCGAAGGUAGUACGUCAAUUGAAAAUGAUGACAAAAAAGAUGAAUAUAAUUUUGAUGAUGAGCCAAGUCCAGAAUUAGUCGAAUUACCCAAACGAAGUAAAAAAGCAAAAUCGCAACAACCGCGAACAAAAUCAGUAGUAAGUAAAAGAUCUAAACGCGGCACAGGUACAGGCCGCAAACGUAGGGGUACUAUUGUUCCCGAAUCUGAUGGAGAAAAUGAGGAUAUGAUCUCAACUCCUCCGCCGUCACCGCCUGACGACGGUGAGAGCUCUUCUAAACGAAGAUCUGCCAGAAACACUCAGCGUAAAAAAUAUAUUGAUGACGUGAUGCUUAGAUUUUCUGAUGACGAUGCGCCUCCAACCCCAACUCGAAGUAGGAAACCUCCAGUACCUGCCACUCCUCCAAUUGUCACUGCACCGCCACCUCCCGUCGAAACGCCACCGCCACCUUUAGUAGCCGAAGACGGCAAUUCCAACACAGACGCCAAAAAUCAAAUGAAUUAUGUAUAUGUUAAUCCAACAGAGGAGGAUUCUAUGGUUGUGCAGUAUGUUUUAAGUGCUAGAAUGACUAGAAGAAAGAAGAAAAAGGAAUCUCCAAUAGACGAAUCAAAGAAAGAGGUAAAAGUAGGUAAUACUGAUGAAGAGAAAAAAGAAUUCUCUGAUGAUGAGGAGGAUCAGCAAACUGCAUCACUAGAAAAUCACAAACCUGAAACGAAAGUAUCUAAUGAUGAUAAUGAUGAUGAUGAAAUGGAAGAUGUUGAGGAAUAUUUUGUCAAAUACAGAAAUUUUUCAUAUUUACAUUGUGAAUGGAAAACAGAAGAUGAACUUUAUAAAGGUGAUAGAAGGAUUGCCAAUAAGAUUAAAAGGUUCCGACAAAAGCAAGCGCAACAAAUGAAUAUAUUCGAAAAUUUAGAAGAAGAACCAUUUAAUCCUGAUUAUGUUGAAGUUGAUAGAGUAUUAGAUCUUUCUGAGCACACUGACUCAACAACUGGUGAAGUUGUGAAACAUUAUUUGGUUAAAUGGCGAGCUUUACAAUACGAAGACUGUACCUGGGAACUUGAAGAAGAUGUCGAUCCAAUUAAAAUUCAACAAUAUGAGAGAUUCAAUAAAAUUCCUCCAAAAGAUACUUGGAAAGUUAAAAAACGACCUACCCCAGACCAAUGGACAAAACUAGAAAAAUCUCCCAUUUAUAAAGGUGGAAAUAGUUUACGUGAAUAUCAAUUGGAAGGUCUUAAUUGGCUCCUCUUUUCUUGGUUUAACGGAAGAAAUUGUAUACUUGCAGAUGAAAUGGGUCUGGGUAAAACAAUUCAAAGCUUGACAUUUUUACAUGCAGUUGGCGAUUGGGGAGUGAGAGGACCUUUUUUGGUUAUCGCACCUUUAUCCACUAUACCCAAUUGGCAAAGAGAGAUUGAAAGCUGGACGGAUAUGAAUGUUAUAGUUUACCAUGGAUCGGCAACAAGUAGAAACAUGUUACAAGAAUACGAAAUGUACCACAAAAAUGAAAAGGGGCAGUUUAUUAAAGAAAUAACUAAAUUUAAUAUUUUAAUAACUACUUUUGAAAUCAUCGUUACGGAUUUUGCUGAUUUAAAAGGUUUCAAUUGGAGAAUAUGUGUCAUUGACGAAGCUCAUAGGUUAAAAAAUAGGAAUUGCAAAUUAUUAGAAGGUUUACGACAGUUGACAUUGGAACAUAGAGUUUUACUUUCUGGUACACCACUACAAAACAACGUGAACGAGUUAUUUUCGUUAUUAAACUUCUUGGAACCAACACAGUUCAGUAAUAACGAGACUUUUAUUAGCGAAUUUGGACAAUUGAAAACUGAACAAGAAGUACAAAAAUUACAAAUUCUACUAAAACCCAUGAUGCUUAGACGGUUGAAGGAAGAUGUAGAAAAGUCGUUGGCUCCGAAAGAAGAAACUGUUGUUGAAGUAGAACUGACCAAUAUUCAGAAGAAAUAUUAUAGAGGGAUAUUGGAAAGAAAUUUUUCAUUUUUAUCCAAAGGUACUACCCAUGCAAACAUUCCAAAUCUUAUGAAUACUAUGAUGGAACUGAGAAAAUGCUGUAUACACCCGUAUUUAUUGAAUGGAGCAGAAGAACAGAUUCAGUAUGACUAUAAAAAUCAAUGUGGAGAAGAUUCGGAUGCAUACUAUAAAGCACUAAUACAAUCUAGUGGUAAAAUGGUGCUUAUUGAUAAAUUAUUACCGAAACUUAAAGCUAACGGGCACAGAGUCCUUAUUUUCAGUCAAAUGGUUAAAUGUCUUGAUAUAUUGGAAGACUAUUUGAUGUACAAAAAAUAUCCAUUCGAACGAAUUGACGGUAGAAUUAGAGGCAACUUACGUCAGGCAGCUAUUGAUAGAUUCUCCAGGCCAGAUUCAGACAGAUUUGUAUUUCUUUUAUGUACAAAAGCUGGUGGCUUAGGUAUUAAUCUAACAGCAGCGGACACUGUUAUUAUUUAUGAUAGUGAUUGGAAUCCGCAAAAUGAUUUACAGGCCCAAGCUAGAUGUCACCGUAUUGGUCAACAGAAAAUGGUAAAGAUAUAUAGGUUGUUAUGUAGAAACACCUAUGAAAGAGAAAUGUUUGACAAGGCUUCCCUAAAAUUAGGACUCGAUAAAGCCAUUCUACAAAGCAUGAAUACUUCCCAAGGAGGUAAAGAUGCCGGUAAUAGACAAUUGAGUAAAAAAGAAAUAGAAGAUUUAUUGAAGAAAGGUGCUUAUGGUGCAUUACUCGACGAAGACGAUGGAGAUAAAUUUUGUGAAGAAGAUAUUGAUGUUAUUCUUGCUAGAAGAACCCAAGUUAUUACAAUGGAGUCUGAAAAGGGAUCCACUUUUUCUAAAGCUAGUUUUGCAUCUAGUGCUAAUAGGUCAGAUAUAGCUAUAGACGAUCCAGAUUUCUGGAAUAAAUGGGCCAAAAAAGCAGAAAUUGAUACAACGGAAAAAGACGAAAAUGAAGAUUUAGUAAUAUCGGAACCUCGAAGAAGGACUCAAAUUAAACGAUAUGGACAUGACGAAAGUGCCAUAGAUAUGUCUGAAUUGGAAAGUUCAUCAGAUUCGGAUCCCGAAAACGAAGGUCUAGGUGGAUUGAGAACCAAAAAGAAAUUGAGGAAAAGAAAGUAUCGUCCAGACGAUUACAUUCCUAGGGAAGGAGAACCAAGAGGAGAUAUUGUAUACGGAAGUUGGGCGAGAAGAGAAUGUUUUAUGGUAGAGAGAGGUUUGCUUACGUUCGGAUGGGGUAGAUGGACUGAAAUUUUAGUACAUUCUCAGUUACGAAAGGGAUGGAAGGAAACAGACAUUGAAGACUGCGCUAGAGUAAUUUUAUUGUAUUGUCUGCGAUUUUACCGAGGCGAUGAGAAAAUUCGUAGUUUUAUUUGGGAUUUGAUAGCGCCAUCUGAAAAUGGCGAACAGAAAAUAUCUAAGAAUCAUCACGGCCUAAAAGAUCCUGUGCCUAGAGGUAUCAGAAACAAGCAUAAAAAGAAGGAUAAGGGAAUUUUAACCAAAGAUCUUAGACAUCCCGCUAUUACUGAUCCUAAUCAUUGGAGUAAACAUGAAAAGUAUGAUGGUGACAUAUUUUUGGAGAGCAAUUAUAAGAAGCAUUUAGGCAGGCAUGCUAACAAAGUGCUGCUUCGUGUAAGGAUGUUGUAUUAUAUCAAACACGAAAUAAUUGGCGAUUUAGUUCAGCAUAUUGCAGAUGGUGUGCAUGCAAGUGCCCUGCCGAUAUAUCCUCCUGUAACGGAGCAAUUACCUUGCGUGUGGUGGGAUGCUGAAUGCGACAAGUCUCUGCUCAUUGGCACUUGGAAGCACGGCUAUGAAAAUUAUACGGAGAUGCGUGCUGACCCCACCUUAUGCUUCCUGUCUCGUUGCGGACCGCCUUCCGACCGUGACCUUCAGAUGGCUACGAAUAACGCGCAACCCCCAACGCCCGCACUCAAUGAGGAUGACGUUGAAGACGACGAUACUAAUGAAGAAUCGAGUGUUAAAUUUAAAAAUAGAGAUCCUUCCGAAGCAAACUCGGAAAUCGCCGAACCGUCCCCUGGUCCUUCGGCAUCUUCGGAAACGCAACCUCUCGAUAGCGAAGAUAGAGGCGUGGAAGAAGGUGACGAUAAAAAUUGGCCAACAAUAACGGAUCUUAAUACAAGAUUAAGAAGAGUUAUUACAUCGUAUCAAAGAAAUUGUCGGAAGGAAGAACAGAAAUUAGCAGCUUCAAAGGCUAAGACCCCCCAGAUAGAUACUGCUCUCUCCUCUCCCCUGGCCGCUCUGGCGCAAGUAUCGCAGCAAUUCGAUCCGAGAGAUGCGGCUGCCCUUGGCCUCCAAGGAUGGGACCUACAGCAACUGGCCCUUUAUUUACUGAAGAUGGAAAGACAAGGUAAACAAUCUUUAGAAGCAUUGCGCGAUCCAGUCAAGGAAAAAGAAAAAUUAACGAUUGGAAAACGAUGGUCGAAACGUGAAGAAGCAGAUUUCUUUAGGGUCGCAUCUUCGUAUGGUGUCAUAUAUUACAGGAAAAAGAAAUCUUACGAUUGGAUCAAAUUCAAACAACUGGCUAAAUUAGAAAAAAAGAGCGAGGAGGAAUUAACUGAAUAUUAUAAACAUUUUGUAAUGAUGUGUAAAAAACAAACGGGUAUGAAUAUAGAAGAAAGCAAUUAUGACAAUACCAUAGAACAUAUAUCUGAAGAAAAGGCAAGAAGAACCUUGGAGAGAUUAGAAUUAUUGUCCCGAAUUAGAGAAGAAAUUUUGACACAUCCAAAACUAGACGAAAGGUUGAGAGUAUGUCUUACUUCAGCAGAUAUGCCAGAAUGGUGGAUUGCUGGUAAACAUGACAGGGACUUGUUAUUAGGUGUAGCAAAACACGGCCUAGGAAGGACUGACUACUACUUGUUAAAUGACCCAGAUCUAUCUUUUCAUGCAGUUCUUCGGAAAAAAGUUCGUACUGAUACGACAGACACUAAAGAUGCUAUUAAAUUAGAAAGUCACGAGGAUAUUUUGAAAUUUGAUAAGGAUGAGAUAUUAGUGAAACUAGAAAAGGGCGAAGGAACACUGAAAAUCGAAAAAGUGGCACAUAAAAAAGAGCCCGCAGAAAAGAAAAUGGAAGAAGACAAUAAAGUUAAUUUAACAAUAGUUAAGAGCGAGGUGAUUGAAAAAGAAACGCUUAAGGAAGAAGAAGAUAAAGAGGAGGAAGAAGAAACUAAGUGUGAAGUAAAAGAGGAAUUGAAGGAACCUGAGGUAAAAGCUGAAGAAGCAAAUGCGGAAAUUGAAGAUACUGAAAAAAAAGUAGAAGCCGAAACUGUUAGUGAGAAGGCGGAGAAAGAACCAGAGUCAGAAGAUCUUUCAAAAGCAAAAGAAGAAAAGAAAGACAACAAUGAAGAGUUGAAGAAAUUGGCAGAAGCUGAAGCAGAUUUAUGUUCAAAACAAGCAGCUGAGCUUAAAGCCAUGUUUCCAGACUUGGAGGUUAUUCAACCUCUUUCGAGGCUCUCCCAAGUUGACACUUUUGUGUUAAGAGAUAAACCGGCAGCAGGAGCUUUAGAUUUUAGUGAAACUACGGUUGCGCAACUUUUCAAUAACGCUGUGAAAUGGCCCAAAGAAUAUGCCAUACAAGUAAGAUUACAGCAUAUUAUCUACGCUGUAGAAACUAAAGAGUGGCCUGUUACAAAAAGCUUUUCUGCAUAUGCCACUGGCAUUGGCAAUGAAUUUGACAUUCCAAUCCAUGAAAUACCUAGUGAGCCCGUCAAAAGAGAAACUUCUACUCCAUUGUCUAUUGGUGAAACCGAAAUUAUAUCAGUUAAUGCAGCCGAUAGAUUUGGUGUCAAUAAAAAGCGUAAAAGGCAUAUAGCCAUAGAUGUGGAAACAGAGAGAGCAAAAUUACAUGCCUUGUUAAAUAGUAGUCAUGUGACUAACCCAUUACCCUCUAAACAUCAAUUGACAUGGGAAAAUGAAGACUCUGAAGAAUCUAGAAGAUCCACACCUGUUCCUCAAAGUAAUUUACAACCUCCUCCUGCCCAUCAACAGACGUCAAGGAUGAAUUUAUCUACAUUAAAAAUGCCAUAUGAUCUUCAGUAUCAUCCUCCUGUAGCUAAGACCAUUGGGCAGACCACGGUUAUUCCAGGAACUAGUAGUACUCUUACCCCCAUUGACUUGAGCUCAAGCAUUCCAAAACCACCUGAAAAGACAUCUAAUGUAGAUUUGCAAAGUGAAGUUCAAGAUUUUUCUGUUAAAAAGUCAUCCACGCCUAUAAGUACGUCCAAAACAGGCAACAAAUUGGACGAUACCCUUUCAAAAUUGAUGAAACGCAAGAAUUGUCCGGAACCCGAACCACUAGUUGGCAAGGAAAAGAAACGCAAGAAACUUGAUGAAAUUGUACUAGGUCUUUCUGCUGCUAAAGAACAAUCCUUGUUUACGCCAGAGUCUUCUAAAAAGCAACAGGUUACUCCAAGCGUAACUGUUACUCCUACCUCAGCCCCCGUAAGCACCUCACAUAAUCCUAAUCAAAAACCAUUCACCAUAACCGUUACUUCCGUUCCUUCCACAGCUCCCUCUAGUCGUAGCAGUUCUCUUUCUCAAAAUAUUCUACCUUCGUUACCUACCGGUGGUAAAGACAGUUUCUCUACUUUCCUGGCACAGGCUGAACAACAAAACAUGUUAUUAAAGAAGCAACAGCAGCAGCAACAGCAACAACAGAGAAAAAGUUACGAAGCUAUGAUAGCUGAUAUUGCAGGUAAAGAUUCCUUUUCGAGUUUCUUGGCACAAGCUGAAGAACAAAAUAUGUUGCUCAAGAAACAGCAAGAACAACAUCAACAACAGCAGAGGAAAAGUUACGAAGCAAUGAUUGCCGAUAUCGGCAAAGUAUCAGAUUUCAGUUCCAAAGUAAACUCUUACUCACACGAGGCAAAGGUGAAUAAAUGGUUAGCAGAACAAAAUGCUGCCUUAGCUGAACAACCCUUAUCUGCUGAUUAUCUAGCAGCAAGAAGAAGACGUCCAAGGGUAGAUCCAACUCUAUUAGACUGGAAAAAAUUAACAGGAGACGAAAAUGUUUCAGUUAUACAUAGAGUAACUGGCAAAAAAUUAACCGGACCAAAAGCUCCAACUCUGAAGAGAUUAGGACAAUGGCUGAUGGAAAAUCCAAUGUACGAUAUUGAUCCAAAGUGGUCAGAAUUAGUGAAAGAGAGAGGGAAUUUGAGUCAUGAUUUACAGAAGAGGUUGCCAGGUCAACCAAGUGGCAGUAGCAGUACCAGUUCAAGCAAAAGUAAAGGAAAUGUACCAGGUCGUCCACCUUUGUUAUCAAGUCCAACUGGUUCAACUUCUAGUGUUAGUUCUGCCAACUUAACAACUUCUCUACCAUCAAGCAUGUCCUUCCCAUCGUUGGGUACUUCAACUUUAGCCGGCCUUAAUUCCAAUCUACUUACCGGUCUGUCAGGAUUAGGACAAUUUGACCCGAAGACCAAUCCUCUGUUGAUGCCAUUUGCAGGAUUGCCUAAUAUGAAUGCUUUGGGAUCAAUGGGUGGUCUAAGUAACCUUACUAAUAUGAAUUUAUUUGCGAAUCUAGCCGGUUUGGGUUUACCUGGCUUAGGUAGUAUGGAUCCAUCGGCUUUAGCUGGUGCUGCAACUGAUACAUCGAAAAAUAUCUCAAAAUCUAGUACUAGUACUAGCAAAUCGAGUAAACCUCAAGAGGCUCACAGUUCCAGUAAAUCUCAGUCUAGUUCUAGUUUACCGACAACUAAUCCAUUUCCAUUUUUCUUUCCAAAUCCAAGUUUGUUGUAUACUCCUUUGGGAUUGGGCGGAUUGAAUCCAUUUACUCUACAACCAGGCAUGUCUGCAGCAUACGAUACGUUAGCACAACAAUGCGGAUUACUGAAUGGCAAUUUGAACCCCGCAGCUUCACCUAAUAGCAGCUCGAAAAUGAAUAAACUACCCACUUCAAGGCCGCCUUCUGCCACAACAACAACUUCUUCAGGUAGUUCAGGACAAGGUCGACCUAGAUCAUCUAGUAGAGACGUGCACCUUCAACAGUUACUCUUACCACCUGAUACUCAAAUCCUUGAAAGUAUUUCUAAAGCUGCAAACCUAGACAUCACUUUGAAACAAGGCAAAUCUGACAAAAAAGAAGACAAAAGAAAAGCUCUAGAAAAUCUACGAGGUAUGCUGCCAACUGAUUUCUCUAGUUCAAUGAAAGAGAAAAAGACUGCAUUACCAAAUUUAUCUGACUUCACGAAACUAUUAGAGGCUCAAGUAAGUCAGAACUCCAAAAAAUCUCAGGAGCAACAGAUGAAAGAGGCGUUAGAGCAUUUUAGUAGGACAAAUAUCGAGUUGGUAGCAAAAGCUAUGAGCGAGGAACAGAACAAAUAUAUGGCAACUGCAUCAUCAGUGUCACAUAAAAGGCCUAGAGUAUCUUCAGAAUCUUCUGAUAGAGCUCAUUCAAUAGAAACUGAGGUAGAGCAUCCUCCAGUAAAAAGAAUACGAGAUGCCUCCGACAAAUCAAGAACACCCACGCCUCUUCCGACUCCGCCUACCCCAACUUCGACACCAACUCCCUCCUCAACGCCCAGUGUCACCCCAACAAUGGCAAUACCAACACCAGUAGUCCCACCACCAGUUUCCAUUCCUUCGACGAUGUCUAAUGAUCAGGAAGGUGUAGAUAUAGAAGCGUUGUUACCACCCUCAACGGUUGUGAAGGCGUCUGCGAGUCCACAAAAGACAGAAAAGCCGGAUAAAUCACCGGAUUCUGGAAGAUCUGUUACUCCACAAGAACCAGAACUGUCUGGGUCUAAAGUUUCACCACUAGAAUCUCCUGAUAUUCCCAGUAAAGAAGACGAACAGUCGAAGGCCGAAACAUCCGAGGAAUCGGAAACGCCCCCUAAGAAAAACGCGAAACGUACCCGAGGCAAACGCAAAUCGGGUGAAGUUCCCAUCGAUCACGAAUCAGUGAUAGCGAAGAAGAAUUUACGUUCAAGUGCUAGUCGAUCUGCAGCCGCUGCGGCAGCCAGACAAAAAAUGGAAGCUGAAAACGCGCAACGGGAGAGUGAGAACAAUUCAUAAUUUAUUAUUUCUGUUUAUUGUUUAUUUUUGCGGAUUGGUUAGUGCUCGGAACUUAACGACGCGUUUAUAAGUUGGAUCCUUUUAUUGAAAGUGGAAUUUUCAAAUUUCACAUUUUGCGUACUGAAAAUUUCACUUAUUAAUCUUUGAAUAGAGGAUGUGAAAUUACACAAUUAAUGCUCCUGCCUAAUUACUUCGACAACAGUUUAAUUAUUGAUAUACUUUGAAGUUAUAAAAAAUAUUAACCACUUUUUGAAUAAUAUAUCUAAUCUAGGAUCUGACUUAUACUUACUUAAUCGUCGAUUUGUUGUACAGUCGUGUGGGUAUUGGGUGAACUGUGAUACAACGUUAUAGAACACUUUUUAAAGUGAUUUUGUGGUGUAUAUUUGUCAUUAAAACUGAUGAUUGUUACAAUUACGCUUGAGAAAAAUAUAAUAUGUAUUCCCCAUUUUUAAUGAUUAACAAUAUUUAGGAUAUAAUUACUGAAAAAUCUAGUAGGCUUAACAAAUGACAACUAGUAUUGUUAUACAACUAUCUAAAACAGGAAAUGGUUUAAUAACGCCAAAUAUAUGGGACAUAACCAGAAUCAUUAUAUAAUAUAUUGUUUUCUUUUUUAAUUUUUUAAAGAUAAUCUUUAAACAAAGCUCUUAUACAGUUUUCAGAGUUUGUAUGGAGUUAUGGAGUUAGUAUUAUUGAGGGUAAUCGCGUUUGAAUUGGCCACUCGAGGCGGUGAUGUAGAAUGAGGUCUCUAAAAUGUCAUGUCACUGCUUUGAUUUUUGUCUUUUCUUAUCAAAACAUAACUCAUCACAACUUGUUCUAUAUUUUCUUAAGUGUCACUUUUACAUCACGAAGAAGUGAUUAUUUUUUAAACUCAGUAAGAGGUAACCCUUAUUUGAACUUAAUUAUAAUUGCCUAGAUGAGAAUUUUGUUGCCUUUUUUUCAUUAAGAAUUUUCGCAUUUCAGUUUUACUAUAUUUAAUAUAAAAAACUUAUUAGGCCUGAUGAUAGUUUAACGGCACUAAAAAAAUCUUCAAGAUUCAAAUACAAGAAUUUAAAAAAUCCAGAUAAUGUGAAUUUCUAAUUCAUUAAUUUAUUUCAAGUCUUCAAAAUCCCAGUACCUUAACUAAGUUAUAAUUUCUUGAGCCGUUGUGAUAUUACUUAAUAUAACGCUUACUACCACUAAACCAACACUAGCACCUACAUUAUCUGGUCUUUCGAACCUUCCGUAGUCGUUGGUUCAUAUCCGGAUCAAAAGACCAGACAGUAUAAAUGUGAGAGUGUUGGUGUAGAGGUAGCACACAGUUUUCUUAGUGAACAGUAUUUUCAUAGCCCAAUUUUUAUUAUUUAAAAUUACUUUGUGGUUAUGUUUCAUGUUUAUUUGGUGUUUAUAAAUAAUUUAAAGUGUUGUAUUUGGAAUAAAAAGACUGCAAUGGCUGUAUUACAAUUGAGGAUGCACAAAAUGGUCGAUAUCUAACCUAAGAAAUGAGACCAUUUGAUUUUACUUAUUAUAGACAAGUUUAUUCUAACAACAAGGAUAUUUUUCUUCAAAACAUGAGAUUUUGAUUGAUAAUUUACAUUCUCUUAUACAUCGAUACCUUAGAGCACAAAUUUGCCAUGUUCAAGUAAUGAAUAAAUCAAAAAUUGGUUCCAGAAUGGAAAAAGAUUUUUUGUAAUAUAUUUACGAAGAUUACAAAAUUACUGGAUAUCAAAAGAAAGUUUUAUUACUUCGAAAUUUCCAAAAGUGCUCUAGGGUAUUGACAUGUUCAAAUACAAAUGUUAAUAGUGUUGUUACUGCACUUACAUAAAAAAAUAUGUCUACCGCAACAUCAACCAUUCUUUAAAUCGACUGAUGCGAAAAAGGAGGUAUCAAUAUCUUUCAAUAAAAUAACAAUAUGAUAUGACAAUAUAAGUAUUAAAUUACUAUUAUUUUAAAUUUAUUGUCAGUCCUUUAAGAUAUCGUAUGAAGAGACGGAAAAAAAGACGAAGUUCUGACGCCACUUCACAUAUGUUAGUCGAUGUGUGGAAUAAUGUGACUCCUUACUUGGAAAACAAGUAUAAUUCAUAGAACUGAUAUAUUUACAAUAAAUUUUAUCUCACAAACAGGUAUGAUUCUCGAUUGAGUCAUCUCUAGUAACAAUGAAGUGAAAUUGAUCAAUAAUAAUAAUUAAACUGAUGGUUUCUUGUUUUUUCUAAAAUGAAUAAUUAAGUUUGUGCAGAUUUGAAACUAUUGUUACAUAAUCAUUAUUGAUAAUCAGAUACUUAUAAGUCUACAUUUAAUAGAAAUACCUGUACUAUUUUGACAAGCAGCCUCUAGUAGGUUGAGUUAUGUAAUCAUUAAUUUAUUAUCAACUAAUGUGGUGUAUAAUUAUUUUAGAUUGAGCGAUAUAUGGACACCUCACUCCAAUAAUGUGUUAUUAUAUAUAUAUAUAUAGAUGAACUGAAACAAAGUUCUUCAAUUAUUAAUAUAUUUCUCUUUAUUUAUCAUUGAGCAGAAUGUGUAUAAAUAUUUAACAAUAAAUUACUUUAUACCUCUACUAAACAGUUUUUUGUCUUCCGUAAUUGUAUUAAAACGAUUCAAUUGUACUUUUUACAUAUUUUCUUUUUGCUUAAUUUAUAAACUUAUUGCUUUAUAUACUUAUCUACUCAUAAUGAAGAAAAAUAUCUAGAUUUGAAAAUUUCUUAUCAAUAUAGGAUAUUAUUAGCACAAAACUCAGUCAUUGGGGCAUUUCUUUUUUUCCAAAAAAGAAAAAAUCUGAAAGUUCUCGCGACUCGAAUGUAUCGAGAAGACGCUUCUACGGAAUGAAUUGAAAAUGCGUAUUUUACUAAAUUACAACAAAUGAAAUUAAAUUCAAAUUGUAGAAUAUUGUCUGUUUUUGAAAAGAACUAAUGAUUUUAGUUUUGUAUGGUUGCAUUCAGAAGUUUCUAGUUAGUUUUUUUGAUUUCUCUUACAGUAGUGAAGCGUUCUCUCCUUGCUAAAAGUCCAUAAUAGCUCAACUGUAGCACUACAAAGUUUAAUAAUCUCAUUUUUAAUAAAGAAAUAUGUGUAAAGACAAAAUGGUUAUUAAUUUUUCAUCAAACUUUCCUAUAAUUCCUCUGCAGAGUAAAUAUAAAUUAAGAAUCCUAUAAACACUAUUUCCAGUAUAUCAAAUGUAAGAUGAAUUAGAUAGUUAUUCAGAGUAUGUAUUUUCCAUUUCAAUUCUGAUAUUUAGUCUGAUAUUUAGAGGUGUAUAUAUAUACUUUUUAUAACAUUAAUACUUCUUUCUAGUUUUAACCAAAUUAUAUAUUUAAAUGUGACUAAAACAGAAUAUUGCACAAACUACAGUAGAAACUAAAGUAUUUAGGUCAGUUCGGCCCAAGAACUUCAUAUAAUGCGGAUAAUCCAAACCAUUUUUUACAUUUAGAUUAACUACAAUAUAAUGGAAGUUUCAUAUUUAUACAAGAUAUAUUAACGUACAUUGAGUAGUGAAUAUCCUAAAGUAAAAAAGCCAAAUUUUUAUCUGAAAUAACUUUUAACUCUUCAUUUUUUGAUCUAAACCAGAUGAAUUUGAUGAAAUCCAAUCUGUUAUCCAAAAUAUUGAUGAAAUUAUUUUGAAAUGGAAUUUAUAAUCUACUUUAUGAUCACAUUUUAUAUCAGUUUCCGUUUUUGUCCAUUUCAUCAAAAUUUUCCAUUUGAGAGGCUUAGUUGCCAUGUUGGUAGAUAACUAAUCUUCAUUAAAGUGAUCACUAUCUUCAAUACAAUUACACUGCUAUGUCGUUUAAGAAAAUGAUUUUUUAAUGUUUUUACUUUACUCAGUAUGAAUUAUUAUUUAAAAAUUUAGAUUUUUCCAAAAUCUCAUAAUAUUCAGUAUUCAUGCACGAACCUCUGACAUUCUGAUAUGGAAAAUCCACCCCAUAGAAAAUUAUAUGUUCUACUGUAAUCCGUAUCAAUGAAGUUGAAUAAUUUCAUGAAUAUCGAAUGUUUUUUUACGUAAGGCCAACUUUUUUCAUUUAUUACGACAGGAAAAGAAAAAUUUUUUUAUUAAUAAAAACAUUUUUUUAUUAUUUGAGAGUGCUAUAGUUUUGUUAACUAGAAAGAUCUUUUUUUUAAUAUUACGUUCAACAAUUCGCAAUUUGUAUAUAUAUAAAUAUGUUAGGCAUAAUAACGAAAUCAUUUUUUUUAAAUACGGUGUGUGAAGAGUGUAAAUAAAAUCUAGUGUUUUUUUAUUUUUCCUUUUUUUUCAAUGUACGUGUAGUGGAGUCAUAAAUAAAUUAAAAAAUAGAAACA